AUGACCAACAUAAGCAGGUCACCAUUCACGGAUAAGAUUGAACAGACAGAUCCACCUUGCGGUUUCACUAUGCCUCACUUCACUCUGUACAAGGGAGAUGAAGAUCUGGACCAACAUCUUAAGCACUACUGUAGUACCAUGAUCCACUACAGGAACAACAACGCGGUUUUGUGCAAAUUUUUUGCCACAAUCUACAAGGCGAGGUGCAAGACUGGUUUCACACACUGUCGCCACAAGGAAUAUUUGUUUAACCGCUCAAUCAAAAGGACAUCCGAUCAUCUUUUCAGCAUCGUAAAAGGCCAUUGGGAGACAGUUCGCGACUAUAUCAAAAGGUUCAAAGCGGAGAAGGCCAAGAUUGUUGGCUAUAUCGAAGACAUAGAAUUGACAACAUUCAAAAAUGAGCUUCUCACCGAACACCUUUUAUUCAAAAAAUUGAUCAUGGGAUAA